CCGGAGUCUCCGAUGGAUCCUCUUCCCGCCACUAAAUCAGUGAUAAACCAGUGAGAGAGAAAGCUCCCACGUCAUCGUAGUCCUGUCUUCUUCACAAGCAAGAAGUGAUGCUUCUGCAUACUGCUCUCAACCCUAUUCGUGCUCACUCCGCGCUUCAGCGAAUGUUUUUCUAGGGUUCAUCUCUCAUUUCCCGACCUCCCCUCCCCGCGCUCUGCGGCCAUGGCAUCCACGGCUUGCUCUUCGACGUGUAUUGCUGGCGGCGAGAUUUUGGUUCCUCCUCAGGAACUUCGUAAGAAGAGGCGUCCUCCGAACCUCUGCGGUGGAGUUAUUGUGGCUUCAUAUGCUUCCUUUCAUGGUCAUAUUUGUGUAGCUAAGAAAAAACAUCUUUUCCCUGCUAAAGCUGUUCAGAGAGUUCCUACCUUUUAUAAAGAAAACGGUUUAAAUCCUGAACGGGUGAAAUUCCAAUUACCAGAAAAAUCAAAUUUCAAAGCGUGGUAUCUUGAGAAGCAAUGCAAACUUCUUAUCAAAGCUGUUGCUACUGUUGAACCAUAUUGCUUAAUAACUUCCGAAAAUUACUUCAUGGAUGAUUCUAGUUUGUGGUUUGAUUCAAGCCCCGACAGUCAAAUGGCUCAAUCUUCAGUUGAUCUUCUGGAGUUAGACGAGAGGGAGACAUUAAGACGAAUGAGGAUUUCAAAUGCAAACAAGGGUAAUAUUCCAUGGAACAAGGGAAGAAAACACAGCCCAGAAACUCUACAAAAGAUCCGAGAGAGAACCAAGUUGGCAAUGCAGGAUCCCAAGGUCAAAAGGAAACUGAUGAAUCUGGGACAUGCUCAGAGUGAUGACACAAAGAAGAAAAUUGCAGUAGGUGUGAGGCAGGGUUGGCGAAGACGACGCAAAAUUUUAACUGUUCAACAAAAAUGCAUAUUUGAAUGGCAAAACAUGAUUGCAAAAGCAGCAAGGAAAGGUUAUGCUGGUGAGGUUGAGCUGCAAUGGGAUUCCUAUAAGGUUAUAAAUGAACAACUGAAGCAGGAGUGGUUGGAAAGCAUCGAGAAGAGGAAAUCAAUGCCGAGGCCAAAGGGCAGCAAGAGGACACCAAAAUCUCUCGAGCAGCGGCGAAAGAUUUCAGAGUCCAUCUCUGCCAAAUGGGCUGAUCCUGAAUAUCGUGAUCGAGUUCAUGCUGCAUUGGCGAAGUAUCAUGGCACAGUGAUUGGAUCGAAUAAAAAGCAAAGGCGAAAACCUACCGGAGAAACUUCUGAAAAAGGUGCUAUCAGUAAAAAAUCUGAACAGACUGCUCAAUUGAACUUUGAACUGAAGAACAUCAAGCAAGAAACAUAUAAGAAAAGAAGAAACUCUGCUCCUUCCUACAAGGAUCCAAUGUCCAGUGUCAAGUUAGAUUUGCUCAAGAAAAUUAAAGCAGAUAGAGCAGAAAUGGAAUCCAAGAAAAGAGAAGCCACCAGGAGGGCCAAGCUACUAAUUGCUGAGGCUGAGAGAGCUGCAGAAGCUCUCGAGGCAGCUGCCCUGAACAGCCCUCUGGCAAAAGCUUCACUUCUGGAAACCAGAAAGCUGAUUGCUGAGGCAAAUUUAUCACUUCAAACCAUUGAGAGGGAACCAUUUAUGUCAUACGAAAGCGAAGUCGACUCGUACUUCAACAGUAAUUCGGAUGGAUUGGAAAAGCACCUGCAGACCAAUACGACUGCUACGAUAAACCAAUCAAUGCUAACUGAAAAACUUGUGAACGGAUUCCCUAAUCCGUCUUCCUUUGAGAAUGGCGAUGAAAUUAACCAACAUGAAAUGAGUUGUGGAAUAGACGCCGAGGAAGGCUUCAUAGCAUCUCAGGACCAACUUCUACCUUCUCAUCAUCUGAAGAGAAUUGAGUCAGAUAGAGCAGAAACAGUAGAUUCGAGAAAGCGAAACGAUCCCAAAAUAGUCUCGGCAAAGACGAGAAAGUGGGUCUGCGGCCGGUUUGUUGAAGUAGAAGAUUGAAUCCGCAAUGACAGGCGAGAUAGGUUGGAGUUGGGGCAUGCCUUAACCAUUGAUGCAGAUUUACUAGAAGAAUCAUCAUCACCUGUUCUAUUAGUUCAUGUUUAUAUCUAGAAGUUUGAGACUUUUUACUAAUUUUAGCUGGUGAAUUGGAUUUUUUGCAGAAUUGCUAGAGGAAAUCCAAAGCUUUGCAGUCUUGAUUCCACUGUAAAUUUUAUUGUAAUGGAGGUUUCUGCUUAUUUUUAAGAACUGCAGUGGCUUAUGAGGUGCUUGUAUAUGUGUAGUGGUGUUCACUUCUGUCUCAUUUGUACACUGUUUUUGGUAUAG